UCUCGUUUGUCGAGCUCCCUUCCCACCCCUGGAUAUUUAAGAAAAGUCCUGUGCCCGGAUUUUUGAUCUAAAAAACUAAGUAUCAUUCGUUGAUGCACCUUCGUUUUUUGUUUUUCCUGUCCGCUCGUCCCGCCUGCUGUUAGUUCCCAAGCUUUCGCCAUUCAACAAUCCGGUGCUACAGCACGAAGCGCGUUGGUGUGUUACUUCCUUCUUUGUCCCAUCCUUUUCGUUAGUCGCUGCGCCAGCUCUGCUUCAUGGAUUGUGUUGUGUGUGUGUGUGCUUGGGUUUCCUCCUCCCACAACCCACCCCCCUCUUGUCUGCCCACCAUGGGGCGGGUAGAUAGGGAGGAGGUUCCUUAAAUUGUUUCCCCUUCCCACCCACCACUCUCUUCCCGUUGCCGAUAUAUAUCCACGCCCGCAGCUUCACCGCUUCCCAGACUAAAAAAACUAAUAAAAGGUUAGCCAUCUAGCGUCUACUACUUCAGCCCCUCGCCCACCUCAACGCUACUCUUCUAUCCUGCAGCCUCAGAGCAGAGCAGAGCAAAGUCUCCACCAUGCCUUCCACUCUCCCGGCAUCUCUCUCCACUGCUCACAAUUCCAAUUCAACGGGCUCCAGGGCGCCUUUCUCCCCGCUUCCUUCGGAGAUCCCGCGAACACCUAUAAAUGGCCACUUUGAAGGUCUAAAGUCGCAUGAGGAAAGUUUGAAGACUCCGAUCACACCACCGGCGGCAUACACAGAGUUCCUGAAGAAUACUGGUUCGAGCCCAGCCAUUCAAUCUCCCAGGCUUCCACCACCAGAUCUGGGAAAGUCUUAUGGAUACUAUACUACACCUACCACCCCAUAUGCCGCUGCACGGCGACUAAAGAUUCCUGCUUCACCAGCUUCAUCAAAUUGCUCACCGUCGACUGAGAGUCCAGCAUCAUCUACAUCGAGAUCACCGUCAUAUGAGGAAGUCGAGGGUGAAGUCAGGCAAGGUCAGCGACAGGUUACCGUGAAGCAGGUUGUAACGACCACGGUUACCUUUACGCCUAGAAUGAGUCUCAUGCCGGCGCCAAAGGGAAAGAGAAGGCGGAUCGAUUAAAACAGCGAAGCUAUUUUCUUUCCCUCGCCACUACACCGUUUGGAAAGCACACCUCGUCCCUUUCGUUUUACCCGGUUCGCUUAUCUUGGUCAUUUCGGCUCUCAAUCAUUUUGUAUCUCCUCUUUCCUUUCUAACUAGGCGUAAUUCCCCUCAACUUCAGCCUCGCGUCUUGUUUUUGAUCCCUUCUUUUCCUUUGUGUGUGCAGGACUGUAACGGCGCAAUGUUUCCUUCCCUCUGUUGGUGGCUCCCUUUCUAUUUUUCUUUUUUCUUUUUUCCUUAUUCACCUUUUUGGCCAUGAAUCGUCCGGCGGUACCUCUCCGGCAGGAGCCCAGAUCCAGCGACAGCCCUUCCUUCCUUUGCGGCAAAAAAAUUAAACGAGGGGGAGGAGGAGGAGGAGGAAAGAAGUAACCCUGUAUUGGACAAACUAGGUUUUGCACAAGCAUCUUGUAUAUCUCUUUUCUUUUCUCCUCCUAUCAUAUCAAGAUGUUCAUCAAAUGGUUAAUUUUUUCCAUAUCGUGCUACAGCUGUGAUGAUGAGUGGUUUACUUUGUCUAUAGUUUCCUUUUUCUAUAGCUUUCUUUCCCCCCCCCCCCACCCUUCCCCUUGGGGAACAACCUUAAUCCUCCCUUAUCGCUGACGAGUUCUUGUAUCUUUUUUAUUUUUCCUGACGGUUUUUCACGGGGUUCAAGAGUACGGAGUUUUUUUUUUUUUUCGUAUUAUCAUCAUUGUCAUCAUCAUCAUCAUCACGUUCACAUGCCUUCCUUAGCACAGCCAUACCCAAUCUCGUUAUGGCUGUUUUUCCCACCCUUCCAAGAAAGAAACGAAACCCAUCCAAAACGGCAGGGCUGCCACCCACUCGCUACAAGUACCGGUACGAGCACAGCUUGAGGAGGGCAGGUUGAGGCUCCUACCGCUCGUCCCAAGUCGUCGGGGUAAAAACUAUUUUCAGCCCGAACAGAAAAAUAGUAUCGGCGGCUAGUCAGCCAAUCGGAGACUGCGCCCACCCUCCACCCUCUAGAAAAGAAAAAGAAGAAAAAAGGGAGCUACGGUUUGUAACACCACUCCAUCUCCCCCUUUUGUGCACCGAUGAGGGCUUUCUUUGCUUUUUUGGAUUCCUGUAGUGUGCCUCCUUCCCUCGCAUGGGUACGGUACAGUACAGCACUGUCCUCUUGUAUUGAAGGAGAGAGUCCUUUGCUCUGGUGCUCGUACCGGUACAGUACCAAUACUCGUAACUCUGUCCAAACCCCGCGAUGGGGCCCACCUUGAAGUAUUCGCUUGAUAGUGAUAGUGAUAGCCGUAUCCAACCACGUAGUUCUCAUUGGACGAUUUACCGUAUCGUAAAGUGGUCCGCAAAAAAAGCUGAUGGCAGCCCCGAUCGUUUUAAAAAAGCCUAAACUUCUCGUUAGGCCUUGUGGAAAGGAAGGAAAGAAAUCUAGAAUGUCUCAGUGUGGUUCAAUCAUGUUCUCCGAACAAGAGGGUCUGCACUUGUACGUACAUGUACGAGUACAGUACCCGUAC